UUCGUAACGCGCAUUCCAAGCACGCCAUCGUGCUGCGUUUGAUGCCUGCAAGCUCCCACUUGUCGCUUGUCGCUGAUGCUUGUCGCUGAUGCCUGCCGCCUCUCAUUCUUUCCACACCGAGCAAGCAAGCAAGCAAGGAAGCAAGCAAGCAAGCAAGCAAGGGAGCAGCAACCUGUGACAGAGACAGGGAAGGGAAGCAAGCAGACUCAAGAGGCAACAAGCUAACAAGAUACACAACCAGCUCCUCAGUAGCAGCAACUUUCCAGCAACAAUACACAACAGCUUGAGUGCACCGCUGCGUCGCUGUACUUGGAGGAUCAGCCAUGGCGUGUGAAACGUUUUCCAGGGCACUGUGGUGUGUGCUCGUGCUGUUGACGUCGGUGGUGUUGACGUUGGCGUUUGUGACGUCGUAUUGGGUGGAGACCAAGUCGUCCGUCCUGGCCCUGGGCUACGACAGCAUCUCCCUCGGCCUCGUCUACGCAUGUUUGCAGCGCGUUGGUUUCGAGGAAACCUGUGGCCAAUACGGCACUGGGUUGCAAGACAUCCCUGUGACGUCCUGGAGGUCAGCAGCGUUGUUCUACGGCACAGGCUUGUUCUUGGCAUGGCUCACGUUCCUGUUGACGCUGAUCAGCUUUGUCAAGCCUUCCUUCAAGCCAGCACUGCGUCACCUCAUGAUGGGAGCAUUUUGGUUGAUUGUGCUUGGGCUCUUCAUCUUUGGAGCGAGUAUUGGGGAGCUGAAAUAUCAUCCAAACGCCAGCAUCUUCCAGCCCUGUGAGGGUGCAGGCGCCUUCAAGCCGGGCUCGGCGUGCUUGCUCGGCGACUCCGGCGUCAUUGCGUGCGUCGGUAUGGGCCUGUGCUUGGUGUCAGCGUCGGCCGGCUACUUCCUGGACACUGACGUGCCGGAUCACAACGAACAGGAGGAGCAAGAAGCGGCGCAACGGAAGCUCUCUGCCUAAUUUCUCCAGGAGAGCCAUCGAGAUGCAAUGCAUGACCGACAAUCCUCUAGUCCUCUAUCACGCCGUCGCAUCGUGUCGCAUGCACAGCUCGCAUAACUUCAUCGACGCUCGCGCAUGUGUGCGGCAUCUCCUUUCCCAGUAAAAGUAUCAGCCCUUUUGCGCAGCAGCACUAGCACUCGAGUGCCUACCCAACAACCACA